AUGGCCUCUCCGAACAACUUCAACUUCCCUUAUUUCCCCCCACCACGACACCAGCCUUUCCAGCCACCUCCACCACCAUACCAUCCAGCUUCACCACCACCACCUCAUGUGCACCCUCCUCCACCUCCGGAUGUACAUCCACCACCAGCACCCGUUAUUCCUGCACCAUCUUCAAGUAACCAUACGGUUAUAAUCUUUGUGUUUGUCUCAUGCGGUGGCCUCUUCCUCCUCGCAUUCCUUGCAGUCGCUCUCUUUUGUUUCUUCAAGAAGACGAAGAAGAAAACAGUUCAAGAAAAAGAUAAUGUUCAUGUUGAUGAACAUCUGAAAAUGAAGGAGGCUAUUGUCCCUGGUCCCCAUGGACCGCGCGCUGUAUUUCUGGAAAUUGAGGAUGAUGUUCAUAUUGAUGAAGAGAUUGUAAAGACUGAGAGAAUUAAACAAGGUUCGAAUGUCCACUCUGCAGAGGAAAAUCCAAAGGCACUUGAGGCAGGAGCAGCAUCUUCUAGUUCAGAUCAUAACCACCAGCUGGAACAGAAGGCCUAG